AUAAUCAUCAUUGCAUAACAAAGUGGGAGGCGUAAAACUUGUGCAGUUUCCCGCAUCUCCUCUUCCUCCUCCUCCUCGUCGUCGUCGUCGUAAAUCUCCUCCUCACCGUUUGAGGAUGGCUUUAUAAGGUGGUUCCUGUAAGUUUUUCACUGCAGAGAAAGUCAGCAGGGGCAACAUGACGACAUACACGGACAAAGGCGAGAAGCACGAGCAAGGACAAUUCCUCUGCUUUGAUCACUUGACGUUCUGGGUGGGGAAUGCAAAACAGGCGGCGUCGUAUUACUGCAACAAACUGGGAUUCGAACCGUUUGCUUACCAAGGCUUGGAGACGGGCAGUCGCGACGUCGUGUCGCACGUGGUCAAGCAAGGAAAGAUUAUUUAUGUAUUCUCGUCUGCCCUCAAUCCUGGAAACAAAGAGAUGGGAGCUCAUUUAGUCAAGCACGGGGACGGCGUGAAAGAUGUCGCGUUUGCGGUGGAAAACUGUGACUCCUUAGUGCAGAAAGCCAAAGAGCGAGGAGCCGUAGUCUUAAAAGAGCCCUCCACCCUGCGGGACGAGCACGGCGAGGUUCGACUUGCUGUGCUGCAAACAUACGGCGACACCACGCACACCUUGGUGGAGCGGGCGGGUUACCGUGGGCUCUUUCUGCCAGGCUUCCAAGCGCCUCUAUUCAAGGACCCCUUACUGGCCACGUUGCCGGAGGGAAAACUGGACUUCAUUGAUCAUGUUGUGGGAAACCAACCAGAGGAGGAGAUGGUUCCAGUGGUGGAUUGGUACCAGAAGAACCUUCUCUUUCACCGCUUCUGGUCGGUGGAUGACAAGCAGAUGCAGACGGAGUUCAGUUCUCUGCGCUCCAUCGUGGUGGCCAACUACGAAGAGACUGUCAAGAUGCCCAUCAAUGAGCCCGCCAUGGGCAAGAGGAAGUCUCAAAUCCAGGAGUAUGUGGAGUAUUACGGUGGCCCAGGAGUGCAGCACAUUGCCAUGAACACAUCGGAUAUUAUCACAGCUAUUCGCAACCUCAAAAAGCGCGGGACAGACUUUAUGUCCGUGCCCGACACGUAUUACCAACAACUGAGGGAGAAGUUAAAAGACUCCAAGGUGAAAAUCCCAGAAGACCUGGAUGUCCUGCAGGAACUGAAGAUCCUGGUGGACUAUGACGACAACGGCUACUUACUCCAGAUCUUUACCAAACCGGUCCAGGACCGCCCCACGGUCUUCUUGGAAGUCAUUCAGAGACAUAACCACCAAGGCUUCGGUGCAGGAAACUUCAAAUCUCUUUUCGAAGCCAUCGAAGCAGACCAACACGCUCGAGGAAAUCUGACCGUCCUUAUGCCCAACAGCGCGUCCGAGAGGUUGUGAGCUCCAGUUUACCCUUGUGGGCUGUUUCGUCGUCAUCAAUCAAUGUAGUCUUUUUACAUUUGAGUGUUUUGCACAUGUCAGGUGGCGAAGCGCAACGCAAACGCACGCGCGUACUUGUAUAUUACUGAGGUGAGCUUAACUCAAAGAAAACACGAUGGAAGGUGUCAUCACCAAAAAAAGGUGCAUUAUCAUUUGUAACAGAUAAUAAUGUACAAUAAUAUUUGGAGGAAUGUAUCAAAUAAAAAAAAACAGGCUGCUGAAACUAUCUGUACU